AGCACUGCACGUCGUGGAGAGAUGGUGCUCGGAGAAUCGAGACGUUAGUUUAUGACACAGCAAAAAAGAGACACUGAGACCAAGGGUGCCGCAUCCAACGGAGAAUAUGAACAAGGAAGACGCGUCAUGUCGACCCGCUUCUUUGAAGUUCACUAUUGACAAUAUCCUCAACUCCAAGUCGAGCAGCAGAAACUUUGACAGCUGUCAUUCAAAGCCAGCGCUUGUAGUCUGUCGGGAUGGCUGUCUACAUCACCCCGGAGACAGCGAGGAUCCAGGCAAAGAAAGGUCAGAUGCAAGAUUGCACGACAUUGAUAAAGUCGUCAGAGACGGAGACGGGAGUGUGGACGCGCUGAAAGCCGCCGACAUGCGCAGCGAGAGCACGGACAGCUGCGACGACGCGCAACAGAAGAGCAACGGCAAGAAGAACAAACUGAUGACGAAAAAGAAAACGCGCACUAUAUUUUCAAAAAGACAGAUUUUCCAACUGGAAUCUACUUUUGACAUGAAACGCUAUCUGAGCAGCGCGGAGCGCGCGUGCCUGGCGAACUCUUUACAGCUCACCGAAACUCAAGUCAAAAUCUGGUUCCAGAAUCGACGGAAUAAAUUAAAAAGACAGCUGUCUACUGAACUGGAGGGCCCGAAUAGCGAUAUCGGUGAUAUCGGAAAGACGGUACCGCUCCCAGCUUUAUACAAAGACAAUAAUCUGCUUGGAAGAUGCAUGCUUCCAAUGCCUCUGCCAGUCGUGUAUCCUGGAGGAAGCGCGCCUUACUUUUAUUUCUCCAACGCUAGCAAAUAUUUCAGCCUUUAUGAUGGAGAUAUUUGACUUAGAAAAGAGCCUCGCACAGGGACACUGCUUUCUUAGCGCCUAUGUCAAUAACGACAACACGGGCCAACUCACGUUUUCAUAAAAAGCAUUUUCGGCCUUUUUGUGUGUUUUGCUGAAAACAUUGUUGAGCUUUCAGGACAGAUGUUGGCUUGUAUUUCUAUGCAAACCCGAUUUUAUUUAUUGUAAGCUGUAAUUUUGUUUUUUAUAAAAUAGCCUAUCUAACACCAUGCAUAUUCUAUCCCGUAGUUACUCUGAUGAGUAGCCAUACUGGCAGAAAUGCCAGUGCCAAUCAUCCUGCCUUCACGUGGAAGGGCACAAUGACACAGCCGUUUUACUUUUUACAUUAGUAUUAUUAUUAUUAUUAUUAUUACAUAGACAUCUUCGCCAAAGACAGAUUAUCCAUGCAUGCAUUUGUAUUUUACACGGGCCUCUAAUUUCUACAUGAGCUCAAUUAAAACGUAUUUAAGUGAAUGUAUUGGUUAUUUUACACUUAAAACGCAUGUUUUGUUGUUUAUUCCUUUUAGAAUUGUAUCGUUUUAUAUCAUUAAACGCAUAACUAGGCCAGUUAAAUGCUAGCCUAAUGUUAUUAACUUUUUUUUUUUGAGUCUCAUUAACUCUCCUGUUUUACACUUGCUUCGA